ACUCUCUAUUACUCAGACUAAGAUCCUGCUUUUCUUCCUGAGGAAUAUUUCUAGUUUCCCCGUGGACCUUCUUCGGAGCUACGUACUGGGGAGUAUCUAAUACAGCUUUGCUUAUCUUCUCUGGGAUCUUUAUGUUGUGGCAGUGGGAAAACCUGCCUCAUUGUGACCAUAUUCAAGAUGGAGCUCAGGUCAUCUCUGGGGCUUGCCCCUUUGUUCAACCCAGGCGGGUUUCCACAGCGACCCUCUGAUACAUCACAACUUCCGCAAGUUCUUCUUCUUGUUGAUGAAUCUUUUGGAGAUGUCUUCAGCAGCUUCAUCAAGGUUGUUAUUUUCAUCGUGACGAGAUGCACCACCAGUUUGUGGCUAUGCUAUUUGUUCUCCAUUCAGUGCCCUGAAUCUUCAUUCAUGUCUGUUGACCUCUUUUUCACAAUCUUAAUGGUAACGUGUCUGUGUGAUCUACCACUGCAACAUUCUAGUGUCUACUAUGAUUAUUGCAAAGGACAGGCUUCCUCAUUCUCCUCUUCAUGUUGUCCCUCUUUUCCCACAUCUUCCCACAAUGAUUGAAUGAAUGCUUCAUUCUCACCACUCUUUAGUUCUUUGUUCACCAAACAAGCAGUUUUACUCCUGCUAGAUACAGAAGUUUCUAUUUCAGCAGGCGGGGGUCUCUAUAAUGGACUAAGCAUCCACCACAGAAUCUUUUUUAUGUAUUUCACGUGCCUGGUCAUCAUUUCUGGCUUGCUUUUCCAUCCAGGUUGUUCAGGUACUCCUGCACCAUCAUGCUUUCUCCAUUUAUACGGUGCAUCCACCUUGUAUGUGGGGCUUUCAUCUUGUAUGUGAGGCCUCCACGUUGUAUAUGGGACCUUCACCUUGUGUAUGGGACCUCCACCUUGUAUAUGGGGCCUCCACCUAGCAAUGCAGCCUCUGAGUGGUUAACAUUCAAAGGUCCCAGUGGUCAGUACAUCCAUGGGUUGAUGAGGCCCUUCCCUGCACUUCCUCACUGCUUCUUAGAUGUGAGGGCUUUUUUCUCCUUGUUUUUCUCCCACAGGUACAUAUACAGGCCUGAUUCCCUGGACACACUCAGGCUCCUCUUCUUACAAUGCCUUCCAGGGGCUGCUUGGAUAUCUGUCUCCCAGGGCCGACACCUCUUUCUGGCCAAGGUUUUAUCAGAUUUAGACUCCCUGAAGCCAGAUGUUCCCACACUACUAGGUCUGGGUCUAGGCAUGUCCGUGUUGUCCGCACUCAUCUGUCUUGUGCUCAAGAUUUUUGCCCGCGCCCGUUUUGUACGCCCACGUCGUUACGCAGACGCUCAUAUUAAUCCACCCCUCACGGUCUCUGAAACAUAUGCUGCCUUUGCCUUGGCUGCUAAUGCAUCCACCAGCAGCAGUCCAGCAAGAGGCAGAAACCACUCUCUGCGCUCCUCAACCAAAUCUGCGUCUUCUUCCAGGAGACCCUCGUAUAGCUCUCUGCAAGCCCUGCGCCCAGGCACCAGGCGGUCUUCGCAGGCUUCACUACGGCUGGUCGUUGGAGAGGGUCGUGGAGAGCCAAUUGGGUACUACGUGUGCAUUAGGGACCCCGCCUCCGUUCACUCUAGAGGAGGCUCCAGACGGCCUUCUCAGGCCUCAGUGGCAUCAAGCUCUGGGGACCUUCGCGAAGGUCGUGUUCAUCAUUACUUAUAUAUGAGGGCACCAAAUUAUUCCCUCAACUCGGAAACCAAUACCACUACCACUGGUACCUCAGACUCUUCUCCAAGAACCCCCAAGAGUACUGAACAACUAUUGGCCGUUUACCAUUCUGUUCCUGAGCACACAGUCCUGGAGCGAGGUGGUGUUGGCUCCUCGCACACCACCUCCACCCUAGGAUCCUCCAGUGAUGAUGUUUUUAAGGAAGAAGAUGAAGAUGCAGAGGAGGAGGAGGAGGAGGAGGAGGAAGAAGAUGCAGAGCAGCAGCAACAGCAAGAGGAGGCCAAGGCCAGGCUCAUUGUAUAGAAUGAUAGAAGAGGAUCACAAACUGGAACAAUCAUUGAAUAGAGGCAAGAGGGUUGAUGCAGUGAUAUCAAAAAUACUGUCCUAAAGUGAAAAGGAAAACUAGGCAUGUAAAAGAUAAACUACUGUUACAUGCAUGUAGUAUGGGACAGUUACUAUUAUGUACAAAUUUCUUCAAAAUUGUUCUUACCACACAGAAACAUGUGAAUUUGAUUAUUUGUUGAAGUAAAAAAAUUGAAUACAAAUAUGUGAAUUUGAUUAAUUGUUCAAGUAAAAAAAAAUUUAAUUAAACUGCA